GAAACAAAAAAGUAAAUAAACAAAUUAAUUAACUGUGUGAAUUGUCUCACACAACCACGUUGAAAAGGCAAUUUAGCAAAAUCUUUUCUUGUUAACAGUAGUUGUCUUUAAAAUAAAGACAUACGUUAAAAAGGGGAUUGUAUUUGACGUCAAAAAGCUUAUUUGAAAUAAUGAAUAAUGGUUUUGGUUAGUAAUUACAGGUACACAUUUGUCUCCUCAACAGCAGGCAGUUAAAAUUAACUUAUUUUAAAUAACCUUUUUUUUUAAAGAAUAAAUAAUAUAUUGUAGAACACCCCUGACACAUAAUGUGUAUGGACGAAACUUAAAUUUAGUUCAUGUGUUUAUGCGCCGAGCCAAGUCAGAUACUGCAGUGUCGCACUCUAACACAGUUUUACUAUUGCAGAAAUGUCAUAUUUUCAGCAUUAUGCGUUUGCGUUCAUGGCACUGCAUUCCCACCUGCUGUCACGUGUUACAGGGAUAGAUUCAACAGAAUCACAGACAAAGGUUUUGCAUUUCAAUAAAAAUGACGCGAGAUGUUCAGAUGACAGGCAUUUUUACAUUAACACGACGAAGAAAAACAACUUAAGUUGCAGUAAAACUACAGAAAACUUGCAUUCUUUGGACGUACUGGAGAUUUCAUCCAAGAGACUACUAGCUGCAUUUCCACUUGAUCCUGUAAGAGAGAAUUCUGUACGCACUGUAAAGAAUUGUGUGUUCUCUGUUGCUCAGCCUACUCCGCUGAAAGGUCCAUUGAAAGUUGCUGCAGUGUCAAAGGAGGUUCUGGAAGAUAUAUUAGAUUGGGAUGUUUCAGCAGCAGAAACAGAUGAUUUCAUCCACUUUCUCAGUGGAGGAAAAUUGCUGCCUGGAUCAAUACCUCUUGCCCAUAGAUACGGUGGCCACCAGUUUGGCGUGUGGGCUGGUCAGCUGGGUGAUGGGAGAGCUCAUUUACUUGGAGAAUAUAUAAACAGGCAUGGUGAGAGAUGGGAGAUACAGCUGAAAGGCUCAGGAAAGACACCAUAUUCCCGGAAUGGAGAUGGGCGAGCGGUGAUACGCUCGUCAGUGCGGGAGUUUCUCUGCAGUGAGGUCAUGCAUUACCUGGGGAUUCCCACCAGCAGGGCUGCGAGCCUCAUUGUCAGCAAUGAAGUGGUAUGGAGAGACCAGUUCUAUAAUGGACAUGUGAAGAAGGAAAAGGGAGCAAUUGUUGCACGUGUAGCAAAAUCAUGGUUUCGUAUUGGAUCAUUGGAAAUAUUAGCAAGCUUUGGUGAGAUCGAUUUGUUAAGGAAAUUAUUAAACUUUGUGAUAGACGAACAUUUCCCAUCAGUACAUGCAAGCGACUCAGAUAAGUAUCUGGACUUCUUCUCCAGAGUAGUGACGGACACUGCCAAUCUUAUUGCACUUUGGAUGUCAGUGGGGUUUGCACAUGGUGUGUGCAACACAGACAACUUUAGUUUGCUGUCAAUUACAAUUGAUUAUGGUCCUUUUGGCUUUAUGGAGUCAUACAAUCCCAAUUUUGUGCCCAACACCUCUGAUGAUGAAGGGCGGUAUAAAAUAGGAAACCAGGCGAAUACUGGAAUGUACAACCUUGACAAGCUCAGAGAGGCGCUAAACCCUGUACUCGACACAAGCCAGCAGCUUUCGGCCAUGCAGAUACUUAAGGGCUAUCCUGAUAUUUACAACAAAAGGUUCCAGGAGUUAUUUAAAUCUAAGCUAGGUUUCCUCGGAGAAGACACUGGUGAUGCCUAUUUAAUUGCAUACUUGCUGAAGCUCAUGGAAGACACACAAGCAGAUUUUACAAUGACUUUCCGGCUGUUAAGUGAGAUUUCUAUACAGCAGCUACAGGAUCAAAGUAUUCCACAGGAAUUCUGGGCUUUGCAGGACCUUGCUAGUCACAAAUUAUUUUCAGACUGGGUCCCUAUGUAUUUGUUAAGGCUAAAAAGGAAUGCAAGUGAUUCAGAUAAAGAAAGAAGAAAGAGAAUGAAAAGGAUAAAUCCUAGAUACAUUCUAAGGAACUGGAUGGCAGAGUCUGCAGUUAGAAAAGCUGAAAGGAGUGACUUCUCUGAGGUGCAUCUUCUGCAGCGUGUACUGAGUGCCCCCUUCCAGAAGCAGACAGAGGCUGAAGAGGCCGGCUAUGCUUCCCGUCCCCCUAGCUGGGCUGAAGACCUACGUGUUAGCUGCUCAUCUUGACCACUGCAGGAAGUACAUAACCAGCGGAGGAGCAACCUAUCUGAGAAGUCGAAAAAGUCCCCUGGGUUGACAUUGUCUAUACCUUUUAGGAUUUUGAAUGUUUGAAUCAGAUCGCCGCGUAGUCUUCUUUGUUCAAGACUGAAUAGAGUCAAUUCUUUUAGCCUGUCUGCAUACGACAUGCCUUUUAAACCCGGGAUAAUUCUGGUUGCUCUUCUUUGCACUCUUUCUAGAGCAGCAAUAUCCUUUUUGUAACGAGGUGACCAGAACUGAACACAAUAUUCUAGGUGAGGUCUUACUAAUGCAUUGUAGAGUUUUAACAUUACUUCCCUUGAUUUAAAUUCAACACUUCUCACAAUAUAUCCGAGCAUCUUGUUAGCCUUUUUUAUAGCUUCCCCACAUUGUCUAGAUGAAGACAUUUCUGAGUCUUUUUCAUAGUUCCCUUCUUCAAUUUCACUAUCUCCCAUAUGAUAUUUAUAAUGCACAUUUUUAUUACCCGCAUGCAAUACUUUACACUUUUCUCUAUUAAAUUUCAUUUGCCAUGUGUCUGCCCAAUUCUGAAUGCUGUCUAGAUCAUUUUGAAUGACCUUUGCUGCUUCAACAGUGUUUGCCACUCCUCUUAUUUUUGUGUCGUCUGCAAAUUUAACGAGUUUGCUUACUAUACCAGAAUCUAAAUCAUUAAUGUAGAUUAGGAAUAGCAGAGGACCUAAUACUGAUCCCUGUGGUACACCACUGGUUACCUCACUCCAUUUUGAGGUUUCUCCUCUAAUCAGUACUUUCUGUUUUCUACCUGUUAACCACUCCCUAAUCCAUGUGCAUGCAUUUCCUUGAAUCCCUGCUGCGUUCAGUUUGAGAAUUAAUCUUUUGUUCGGGACUUUGUCAAAAGCUUUCUGGAAAUCUAAAUAAACCAUGUUGUAUGCUUUGCAGUUAUCCAUUUUCAAUGUUGCAUCCUCAGAAAAGUCAAGUAGGUUAGUUAGACACGAUCUCCCUUUCCUAAAACCAUGCUGGCUGUCUCCCAGGAUAUUGUUACCAUAUAGGUAAUUUUCCAUUUUGGAUCUUAUUAUAGUUUCCAUAAGUUUACAUAUAAUAGAAGUCAGGCUUAUUGGUCUGUAGUUACCUGGUUCGGUUUUGUCUCCCUUUUUGUGGAUCGGUAUUACGUUUGCUAUUUUUCAGUCUGUCGGUACAACCCCUGUGUCAAGAGACUGUUGCAUGAUCUUGGUUAGCGGUUUGUAAAUAACUUCUUUCAUUUCUUUGAGUACUAUUGGGAGGAUCUCAUCUGGCCCAGGGGAUUUGUUUAUUUUAAGAGCUCCUAGUCCCUUUAACACUUCUGCCUCUGUUAUGCUAAAGUUAUUUAAAAUUGGAUAGGAACAGGUCGACAUGUCGGGCAUGUUGUCCGUGUCCUCCUUUGUAAAAACCUGUGAAAAGUAAUCAUUUAAUAUAUUUGCUAUUUUUUUUUCUUCAUCUAUGAUUUUGCCAUUUGUGUCUCUUAGACAUUUAACCUCCUCUUUGAAUGUUCUCUUGCUGUUAUAAUAUUGGAAAAAUAUUUUGGAAUUGGUUUUAGCCCCCUUAGCAAUAUUGAUUUCUAUCUCUCUCUUGGCCUUUCUAACUUCCUUUUUGACUUGUGUUUGCAGUUCCAAGUACUCUUUCUGUGUACUUUGUUUUUGGUCCCUUUUAAAUGCUCUGUAAAGUGCCUUUUUUCGCUGAAUAUUUUUUUUAAUUGAUCUAUUAAACCAUUUUGGCCAUUUUGUUUUAGAUUUAGAUUUGUCUACUUUUGGGAUGUAAUUGUUUUGUGCCUCUAGUACUACAUUUUUAAAAAACAGCCAUCCUUUUUCUGUGGAUGUUUUCUCUAUUUUACUCCAAUCUACUUCUGUUAGUCUCCGUUUCAUACCUUCAUAGUUUGCUUUUCUAAAAUUGUAAACCUUAGCUUUAGUCAUUACUUUUGGGGUUUUAAAAAAUAUUUCAAAUGAGACCAUGUUGUGGUCUGAGUUUGCAAAUGGCUCUCUGACCUCUGUUUUAGUUAUUCUGUCUUCAUUAUUUGAAAAGACUAAAUCAAGGCAUGCCUCCCCUCUAGUUGGUGCCUUGACAAAUUGCGUUAGGAAGCAGUCAUUUGUCAUUUCCACCAUUUCAAUUUCGUCCGUCGUGCCCCCCAUCGGGUUUUCCCAUUUUAUACGGGGGAAGUUGAAAUCCCCCAUUAGUAUGGCGUCUCCUUUUCUACACGCAUUUCGAAUGUCAUUGUACAACAGAUUAUUUUGCUCAGCGUCUUUGGCGGUCUAUAGCAUGCUCCUAUUAUUAUGCCCUUUGAAUUUGUGUCCAUUAUUCUGACCCAUAUUGAUUCUGCAUUGUUUUCUUUGUCCUGAUUUAACACCUGGGCUUGAAGACUAUUUCUUAUGUAUAGCGCUACCCCUCCGCCUCUUCUGUCCUGCCUGUCUUUCCUAUACAGUGUGUACCCACUAAUAUUAUAUUCGUCUCCAUCACUCUCAGACAACCAAGUUUCUCAGACAACCAGACUUCCUUCGUGUUCUUUUGUUGUAUACUACCCUACAAUGAUUUAGAGAAAUACACAUUGCUGUAACUUCUCUGGCAAAUGUGCAAGGGAAGGAGGUGGAGGGAAGA